ACACACACAGCUGGUGUAUGGUGUAGAGCUGUGUGUGUAUUAAGGAAUGCUAUGCUAUACACAGGAGCGGUAUAACUAUCAUUUAACCCCUUCUUCCAUUUCUUCAGAGGACUGACAUAAAGGGUUAAUCUUCAGGCCCCGCCCCCGGGCUGGUGACUUGUAUAUCUAGUGAAUGGGGCUCUGACACAGGAAAGACGUCUCCGGCCCCGUCACCGCUCCCUCCCCGCCCACUGCCUGGAUAUUUUCAUUCCAGUCCCGCCCUCCCGGGGAAACUUGUCACGUCCUUUCGAGUGUUUUUCCCCGAGUUCUGUGACUGGAAGCUGCGUGUACUGACUAGAGCCACAGGCGAGGAGUCCGGCCGUCCAGCUACAAGGUGCCGCAACGUCACUUUCCCAAGCUCCUUCACUGCGGUCACCUGAUCGGGCAUAGAUGUGUGUGUGUAGUGUCGGCAUCAAAUCAGGAGCUGUUACUUGGCAAGCACAUGGCAGCCCUCGAGCGGUCACCUGACUCACAGACUCCACAGCGCACGCGCAACGGGAUCUGUUACGCAAACUCUAAUCCGAAAAAGAAGUCAUGGAAUACAGGCAAGCAAGCACAUCCUUCCCUGAUGUUGACAUGGAAUUUGAUAAAAAUGUCCCCCGAAUAUGUGGAGUCUGCGGGGACAAAGCGACUGGUUUCCACUUUAAUGCCAUGACAUGUGAGGGCUGCAAAGGAUUUUUCAGGAGAAGCAUGAAGAGGAAAGCAGUCUUCACUUGUCCUUUUAAUGGGGACUGUAGAAUAACAAAAGAUAACAGGAGACAUUGCCAAUCCUGUCGAUUGAAGCGCUGUGUCGAUAUAGGCAUGAUGAAGGAAUUUAUCCUAACAGACGAAGAAGUCCAGAGAAAGAGGGAGAUGAUAAUGAAACGUAAAGAAGAAGAAGCACUGCGAGAGUCUCAAAAGCCCAAAAUAUCCGAGGAGCAACAGAAAAUAAUUGAUCUCCUUCUGGAAGCACAUCGCAAGACUUUUGAUGAAACUUACUCAGACUUUUCACAGUUUCGGCCACCAGUCAGAGAAAAUGUAUGUAGAAGAAUUACAAGGUCCUCAUCUGUCCAAACUCAGAACUAUUCUUCAGACUCUGACACCUUUAACGCCUCUCCAGAUUCUUGUGAAAGCAGCUUUUUUUCGGGUUCGUUGUUCAGUUCCUUUGCCAGUAGCAGUUCACCUGGAGGUUCCUUUGAGCUCUCAAUGCUCCCUCACCUUGCGGAUUUGGUCAGCUAUAGUAUACAGAAAGUCAUUGGAUUUGCAAAGAUGAUACCUGGAUUCCAUGAUCUUACUGCAGAAGACCAAAUUGCUUUGUUGAAGUCAUCUGUGAUUGAAGUUAUAAUGCUACGAUCCAACCAAUCCUUUACAUUGGAAGACAUGUCCUGGACAUGUGGCAGUGAAGAAUUCAAAUACAAAGUGGAUGAUGUGACACAAGCCGGUCAUAAUAUGGAACUUCUAGAGCCAUUGGUGAAAUUUCAGGUGGGACUGAAGAAACUGGAUCUUCAUGAAGAAGAGCAUGUACUUUUAAUGGCUAUCUGUAUUCUCUCACCAGACCGUCCAGGGGUCCAAGACAAAGCACUUGUUGAAGCAAUCCAGGAUCGCCUCUCCUCUACUCUGCAGACCUACAUCCUUUGCAAACAUCCACCACCAGGGAGCCGUCUUUUGUAUCCAAAGAUGAUCCAGAAGCUGACAGACCUGCGCAGCUUAAACGAGGAGCAUUCCAAACAGUAUCAGUUCCUCUCUUUCCAGCCGGAGCACAGUACACAGCUAACUCCUCUUGUAAUGGAGGUGUUUGGCAAUGAAAUUUCUUAAGUUAACUUUUAUUGAAAAUUAAUGAAUGAAUUAUAUUGUAAAAACUUAGUUGGGUCUUCAUAAUGUUUUCAGCUAUGGGAAAUGACUUGGAGUCUUUAUUCUAGAGAUGAUUGUCUGCAGUUGUAUAUACAUGCUAUAGAAGACAGAUAUGAAGAAGAUAACAUAGAUGGUUACCUUGCUUUCUGUAAUUUUGCUACAAAAUGGGGUAAUUCCCCUUGCAAUGCUCUUGAUGUAAUGUUCCAUUAUAAAAAGCUUUGCCAAUUUGUGUGCCUUUUUAGACAGCAAAUGUCAGAAUGUGUCAUCUUUGGUAUAGUCACCCUUUUAUAGGAGUUUUUCAUGUUCAAAAGCCAUUUGUUUGCUAAAUCUGAAACUUGACAGUCACAUGUGCCAAAUUCUAAAGAACUGUGCAAGCCUUAAACUGAUAUUUUAUAGUGUGAAUAGGUAAAAAAAAUAAUAACCAAAGUAAGUAGAUAUGCAGUCAUGGCCGUAAAUGUUGG